AUGCCCUCCCCGGGGACCGUGUGCAGCCUGCUGCUCUUCAGCGUGCUGUGGGCAGACUUGGCCAUGGCAGGCUCCAGCUUCCUGAGCCCCGAACACCAGAAAGUACAGCAGAGAAAGGAAUCCAAGAAGCCACCAGCCAAACUGCAGCCCCGAGCUCUAGAAGGCUUGAUCCACCCAGAAGACACAAGUCAAGUGGAAGGGGCAGAGGAUGAACUAGAAAUCCGGUUCAACGCCCCUUUUGAUGUUGGAAUCAAGCUGUCAGGGGCUCAGUACCACCAGCAUGGCCAGGCACUGGGGAAGUUUCUUCAGGACGUCCUUUGGGAAGAGGCCGAGGAGGUCCUGGCAGAUGAGUGA